AUGGACCAAAAGAACGAAGUAAGCGAGUGCAAAUACGGUAUAUUAUAUGUGCGGGCCUACUAUAAUGCAAAUUCACAGACGCUUGUAUUGGAUGUGAUCGGUGCUAAGCAGGUGAUCCCAUUGGAUGCUAAUGGACUCUCGGAUCUAUUUGUGGUUAUACGACUUGUUCCAAAAUAUCGCUAUCCAACUCAAGUCGUCAGUAAGACGCGAAUCGCCAGCAAAACUAUGAACCCGAUUUUCGAGGAGACGUUUGAAUUCCACAUUCCGCCAAAGCCAUGCGCUAUGCUUCACUUCACCGUUAUGGAUCACGACUACUUGCAAUCGAACGAUUUCGCUGGAGAAGCAUUUCUGGAGCUGGCUGAUGUCCCUGGCUUCGGAGUGGCUGGCGGCAAUACACUUCGACAAUUUAAUCUCAUGCUUAUACAACCUGUUCAAAACAAUAAAGAAAUAAUUGAUGUCUUGGCAAGUAGAAAAGAAGAUAAAGAAGCGCUCGAAUUCCUUCGGUCGAUUACUACGGCUUAUUAG